AUGCCGACUCGAAAGGUCAAGGAUAGCGAACGCCGCCGCUGCGUGCAAGCAUGCGGCAACUGCAAACGUCGAAAGGAGCGAUGCGAUGGCCGCCAGCCUUGCCAGCGAUGCGUCAAGAGACGAGUCCACUCCGAGUGUCGCUUCGGUCUUCAGCUGCCCGCUGUUGAAUCAUCGCGUUUCCCGCCGAGCCCCGAAACGAGCUCUCUCGGCGGAUUUCCGUUGACGCCCCAAGAUACGCCGCAGGGCAACGACGACAUGGCGUCCCUCCCGGACCAGGAGCAUCUCGCCUCGUUUGUGUCGAAAAACGUCGUCAGGAGCAGUGGGAAUGACAGCGUGAGGGUCGUGUUGCCGGCUGGGGACGUUACCAAUCACGGGUUUCUGACUGACAUCCGCCAUGUCGUCCGCACGCACUUGGGAAAACAUGUCUUCAGUCACGAUGACCCCAGGCUCAUGGCACUGCAGGCGCCGCCAGAUAGAAGGGACAGACCGCUAGACCACGUCACGAACCUGAGUCUUGCAAAGCCGGACAUGGACGACAUCCAGUACAUCCUCCCCUGGUACGAACGCGCGACAAGCUUCGUCUGCCACAUCUUCGACUGCGAAGCUGUUCGAGCAGGCAUCCAAGACUGGGCCAGUCAGCCGGAAUCACAGUCCGCCGCGAUGAGCGCAACCUACUCGCUGAUCCUGGCCGUUGGAGCUCAAGCUUGCCGGCAUCGCCGGGACGACUGUGCUCGGAGACACUUCAUCAACGGCCAAUACAUCACAUUGGUCGCGCUCAUGAACAGACCGGACAUGUCCACUGUCAAGUGUUUACUUCUCAUCACAGUAUACCUGGUCGCCGAAUCUUGCGGUGACGCUGCGGCGAUGCAUUUUGGGGCGGCUGUUCGAAUCGCCCAGGCCCUCGGCCUGCAUAGGCAAGAUGCCUGUUGGGUCGAAUCUGACUCGGCUGAUUUCCUGACUCGCAAACGAUUGUGGAAUAGUAUCCGAAUCCUAGACGUUCAGUUGAGGGCCACCUUUGGCCGAGUAGCAACGGCCCUAAAGACCAGCGGCACCGGCGGUGCCUGGGGACUCUCGGCGUCGGACGACCUGUGUUCGAUAUUCGACAAGACUCUGAGUCGUGUCUAUGACAAGAAAGACGUUACAAUUGAACAUGUAAGCACCCUCAGCGAACUACAUCGAGACUGGGCAUCCCGAUACCAAGGAGGACUGAAGGCGGAGGGCACAUACGCCAACGCCGUCACCGUCGACACGGGGAGACCUGUCCCGGACUAUAGUCUCGUGCAUCUCGAGACAAUGCAUCACUGGUCCGUGAUGUUGUCGUUGCGGCCGUGCUUGCUCGACCACGUCGCGACAGCACUUUCACAGGAGCCUUGCAAGGAGCCAUUUGCCGGCGGCAGCCCGGCGCUAGACAAGAACGUUGAUCUGGUUCGAGCUUGUGUCAGCUCGGCGUUUUGCGUCGUCCAACUGCUCGAGCCCCUUGCAGGCGGCGUCGAUGCGCCGAGACGCCUCCCGCUCAUGGCCAAUGCCGCCGUGACGGCGUCCCUGGUGUUGUCUCUGGCGCUUUUUGGUGCCACGGACGACGCCGUGUCGGUCGCGCGAGCCUUGGGUGGUUGUCGAAAAGUCAUCAAGGCGUUUGGCUGUCAUGACGUGGAAACAUGGCUUGACACCAUCGACAAUAUGCAAAGCGUGUACAAGGCAUCUUCCGAGGCUCGACGACGUCGUAGGAUGGAGCUCGACAGUCGGCUGAUCAACCAUCUUUAUGGCUACCUCGACGGCAAGGAUGCCGAUACGUCUCGUCUCCAGAAUACUCAAGACCCUGCGAUGUGGAACUGUCGUCGGGAAUCACGAGCGUCAAUGACGCCUUGCACGACAUGGCUCGACGAUGCAGAAAACAAGACUGGCCUUGGUCACGGGUGGUCCAGCACCGCCGUCGUCGGCGGAGUCUUGUCUGCAGAGUAUGCGUAUGCUCCGGCGAGCUUCGACCUGGAUCAAGACUUUGUGCUGCGGGAUUUCUCAUCAACCGCGUCAUAUCUGGGAUUCGACGGCGAUGCGUCCUUGUCGUGGGGCAAGAACAGGCGCCACGAGGAUGUUGCUUUCGGUGCUGGGUCGCAUGUUGUGAUUUGA